AUGGCAUAUUCUGAGAACAAGAAAAACGUAAUAAAUGAUGAAUUUUUUUGUAAACUUAUUAAAACAGAAUUACAGAAUUUAACAGAAAAUUAUAAGAAGAAAAUUAAAAAAGUUUUUUGGUUUGAAUACUUAUAUAAAACAGAAGGGUUUAUAAUAUCCAUUUUUCUUAUUCCUUUAUUUAUAGGAAAACUAUUAUUAAAAGAGAAUGAUAUUAUUAGUACAAAUUAUUUAAUUUUUUUAUUUGUAUUAAUAUUGUUGUUAUUGUUGUUAUUUACUAUAAUAUACUACGAAACAGAAAAAGCCCAAAAUAAUCAGUAUAUAAACAAAAUAAAUGAAGGAAUAAAAUUUUUAUCAUCUAAUAACUUCACUAAAAAUAAAAAGGGAGAUUUUCCCUUUAACUAUUUUCCUAAUUCUAAUUUUAUUUUUAUUUUAAGAAACAAGAAAUGGGAAUUGUUACCAACAAAUCUACUUAUAAAAGAGGAUAUAUUUUUAUUACGAGCCGGAGAUUUAAUUCCUUGCCAUUGUGCAGAAUAUAAUAUUAAUGAAAACGUAUAUGGUAAAAAAUAUGAAAAGAAUGAAAUAUUUAUGCCAAUAAACAAAAAUAAAAUUAGUUUCAACUUAUUAACUAAAUAUCCAAAAGAUGAGAAAAGAGAGUAUCUACCAUCUUUUCAUCUAUAUUCGUUUGUAUCUUAUGAUAAUGUAUCUAUAUCUAUUAUUAAAAAAUAUAUUGAGGAUAAUGUAGUAUAUAGUAAAAGUUUAAAAAAUAAAAAAAAUUUAAGGAACAUUAUUCUAACCGAAAAAAUACAUAUAUUAUAUAUUUAUAUGUGGAUAAUUCUUUUUUCAAUUUCUAGUGUCUUAUCAAUAAUAUACUUUUUAGACAUUAAGAAGAGUAUAGACAUACCUCAUUUUGUUAUUAUUUAUUUUUUAAUUUAUAACAUAUUAAUGUCUAUUACCUUAUUACCUUUUUUUCAUAGGAUAUUUUCGGAAUUAAUUUAUGGUUAUUGUUCUUCCUUAAACAUGGUGUAUGCAAAUUAUUUUAAAGAUAAAAGUUAUGAAAAGAAAACCUUUUCUUCAUCCUAUGAUUUUUCAUCAACAACUGAUGAUAGUUCUUAUGUUAAUAAGAAAAAAAUUGGUUUAUUUUACAAUUUAAAAAACAAUCUUUUGUUAAUCAUUAAGGGAAUAAAAGUAGAUAAACGACAUUUGAAUAUUUUAAGUGAUUGCUCAGUUUUAUGCUUUUUGGAUAGCAGCGGGAUUAUAGUAAAUACUAAUCAUAGCAUUAAAGAAAUUUGUAUUUAUAAUUAUUUAAAUAAUAAAAAAGAUUUUAAUUUAAAUAACAAUUUAAAAAGUGUUCAAAAUAAUUAUAAUUAUAUUUUAACAAUUAUUGAUAUAUUUAUGGAUAACAAAAGUAUGUAUGCUUAUCAAAGAAUUCAGAAUAUUAAAAUUUUACAUUCCUUAUUUUUAAUAUCCUAUUAUACUCAAAUCCCUAAAUACUUAAAGUUAUUAGAUGAAUUUCAAAACAAUAUACUCAAUUAUAUGAAUCAAAGCGAUUAUAGUUAUUUAUACAUAUGCUUAUGUGAUAUCGGGAAUAUUUCUUUUUCAUACAAUAAAUUUAUAUUUCAUAAGUUAUUUUUUUGUAUAGAAAAUAAAAGUAACUAUGAAUUAUAUAAAAGAAAAUGCACACAAUUAAAGAAAUAUAAAAAGUCUAUAAUUUCUGAUGAUGAAAUACCAUAUUAUGUAAAUGAAAAUAAUGAAAGGGAGAAUUUAAUAGGAAUAAAUAUUUAUGAUAAUUUAACUACUAGAGAUAACUUUGUAUUUAUUUUUAUUUUAUACGAAAAAAAAAAAGAUAAAUACCAUAUGUUUUUAAAGGGUCAGCUAGAAGCUUUAGUUAGUAAAUGUAUGUUUUAUUACGAUGGUAAAACAAUAAAGAAAUUAAAAAGAAGAAAAAAAAAAGAAUUAAGAAUAUUAAAUAUGCAAUGGAUUUCAUCAGGUAUAGAAAGUAUAUGUUUCGCAUAUCGUCCUCUAAGUUGUGAUGAAGUUAAAUAUUUAAAACAAAAUUUUCUCAAAAACAUUUAUAUAGUAACAAUAAGCAAAAAAAAAGUUUAUAAUAUAAAAAAUUUUUAUAAUGAAGAAUCUUUCCCUUUAAAAGAAAAUGAAAAUUUUCUUUCUCACUUAUUAUCAACUACUAUAUUUAUUGGAAAUUCAGCAGUCAAACUUCUAACUAACAAUGAAAUUCAAUCAAGAAUAAAUGAUUUUUAUGAGGCUGGGAUUAGAUUUGUAUAUUUUAGUAAAAGUGAUGAAAUUAAUACAAGAAACAUUGCAAAUCUAUUAGGUAUGGAGACAAACUGGAAUACUUCUAUUUCUUUAAGUUUUAAUGAAAAACCUAGUUUUAUAAAUAGAGAUGGGAAAGUCGUUAUUCCUAGUGGAAUAAAUAACAUAAAAAGACACAUAGAAGAGGUAGAUGAUAUUCCAUUACGCGUUUCAUUAUAUUCUGGUUGUAAUAAAUUUAAUACAGCUGAAAUGAUAAAAAUUUUACUCAAAAAUAAUGAAAUUAUAACAUGUGUUGGUAAUAGCUUGAAUUGUUGUAACUUUGAUAUAUAUAAUUUAUGUGAUUAUUCAAUCUCAAUAUUAUUACCUUUUAAUAAUAUUUGCAAAGACUGUUAUGGAAAAAAAGAGAAAAGUAAUCCUUUUGAAGAUUUUUCAUCAAAAAAAAAUCCUUUAUUGUUGUAUUCUUCUUUUAUAAAUAGUUUUCCUUGUAACUUAAUUAUUGAAAAAAAUAAUUUAGAUUUAUCUCAAAAUACAAUGGAAUUAGUUUAUAAAUUAUUAAAAAGCUCAAGAAUUUACAAAAAAAACGUAUCAUUAAUGAUAUUUUAUUUUUACUUUUAUUAUUCUUAUUUAUCUUUUUUAGUAUUUAUAAUUUUAGUUUUUUGUUUGCCACCUUUUAUCUCGGUGGUAGAUUAUUUAUUAUUUAUUUUCUUAAUAAUACCUCUAUUAUCAGUAUGUCUCUUAAAUAAUAACAAUAACUCAUCUAUAAUGAAUGAUAUUCCAGACAAAGUUAUUACGAAAGAAUUUUUAAUCAAAAAAUUAAUUUUUUUUUUAAUUAAAUGGAUUCCUAUGCUAAUAUAUUCCAGUAUUUUAUCUUUAUAUUAUCUGCAUUUGAUCAAUAUAAAUUUUAUCAAAAAAUAUAGAAUAGAAAACGAAUUAAUUAAACAAAAAUUAAGUAAUGAUUUUGGAAAAAAUUUCAUAGAUGACUUAAUUUAUCAAUGUUCACAGAAUGUGUUUUUAAGAUCUUUUUAUAAAUGCCACAUGUUAAUUUAUAUAUUUCAUAAAAAAUUAAAUUUGAAUAAACGUAAUAUAGCUGAAGUAAUGAUUAAACAGUCACAAAUUUUUUUUUUUUUUUAUUUUUCUCUUUUUUUUUUUGUAUCAUCUUUGUCUUAUAGUGAUAGAUAUGAAUCAGUGUUUAAAUUGUCCUGUAUAAAAAAUUCUAAAACUUAUUUUUUGUGCUUAUUUGCUUUUCUUAUUCUAAGUUUUAUAAAUGUUGUAGUUCGUAUAACUAUGCUACCUCCAUAUUAUAUAAAGCAGUACCCUGAUACAACAUUAAUUAUCUUAAUGAUUAUAUUCAAUUUAUUAAUAUUAAUAACAAAUGAAAUAUUAAAAAAAGUUGAAGAAAAAAUAAAAAUAAACAGACAAAAAUAUUUAAAAGUUUUAUUUGGUACUCGUUUAGGUAUGUGGAGUCCGAAAUAG